CUUGUUUUGCAAAUUUUCCUUUAGGCUUUUUUUACUUCCUGAAUUCGGAUGAUUGACUGAUUGUGUUGGUUUGUCGUGCGAACAAAAACCCUGAGGAUUUUCGCGUUCGCCGGCGGAGAUAUUUCGCACAGAUAAAUUGUGGAGCAACCGUUGAUCACUCUCUUUACCACGAAGUUCUUCUUCGAAGAUUAGAGAUAUGGCGACGGAGCUAGAAGAGCUUGUCGAGUUUUUGUCGUCUCCUUCUCCGCCUGUGAAGAAAGCUGCUGUGGAAAUUGUUAGUGGAUUAACUGGUUCGGAGGAAGGUUUACAAUCUCUUUCCAAGUAUUCCGAGAUUCUUCUUCCAUCACUGUCUCGGCUUCUAAGUGAAAGCAAGGAGGUAUCAGAGCCAGCUGCACAGGCUCUUGUGAAUCUUUCUCAGAACUCUGAAUUGGCUGGGAAGAUGAUUCAAAUGGGUUUGAUUAAAGUGGCCAUGGACAUGUUGUAUAAACCGGAGUCUUGUAUUACCAGAUUGCUUGUUAUGCUUCUAGUGAAUCUCACUCAGUUGGAUGAUGGCGUGUCUUCCCUGCUUCAGGUUGAGGACGAGAAGAUGCAUGGACUACAUAUCAUGAAGCUUGUUAGGUCGUUUUGCAGGUCUUCCGGUGAAACUGCUGAUGAUCAGUUUGAGCAUGUUGGCUCAAUCCUUGUCAACAUAUCGAAAACAGAAGAUGGGAGGAAAAUGUUACUGGAGCCAAAACGAGGACUACUAAAACAGAUUAUUAGGCAGUUUGAUUCAACUAAUCAAUUGCGAAAGAAAGGGGUUGCUGGGACAAUACGUAAUUGCUCUUUUGAAGCCAAGAACCAGCUGCAGAAUAUACUCCUGAUAUCAGAGUUUCUCUGGCCCGCCCUACUCCUACCAGUUGCAGGCAGUAAGAUAUACAGUGAGCAAGAUAUCUCAAAAAUGCCACCUGAGCUUGGAAGUGCGCUUUCCAUUGAGCGAGAACCCGUUACUGAUCCCGACAUUCGUGUCCAGACACUCGAAGCUAUAUAUUUGAUCAUCUUACAGGAGGCAGGUCGAAGGGCAUUUUGGUCAGUCAACGGGCCACGGAUUCUACAGUUGGGAUACGAAUACGAGGAAGACCCAAAAGUAAUGAGAGCCUAUGAGCAAGUCGGUUCUUUGCUUGUUGAAGAAACUGGAGGCCCUGAAGAUUCAUCGGAGCCGACAAAAGCAGAGUCUUAAAGGUUACACUAUUUGUUGUCCAUUGCUCUUGUUUCCAUUUUUUUGGCCCUCCAAAAGGAAGUUACUUGUCCUGCGAACAAAGUUGUCUUUUUUCUUGUGCACUAGUUGUAAAACUAGAUUCGUUCUUUACUUUGUCUUAUUAGCAAAUGUUCCAUUUUUCGAAUUU